UAAUAUCCAGUAGACAUUGCAUACGUUCCAAUUCAAACUUUCCAACCAAUUACGGAAUAGAGUACCAUUUACAAUCGACCAAUCAGAGAGUAAACAUGGCGCACGGUGUUGUUCUUCACUCUUCGCUAUCGGAAUAGCCACGUCGGUGAGUUCAUUAAGAAGAGGAGGUGUUUAAUAUUUAAGGUAUUUAGUAGGUUAUGAGUUGAUAUUACAAUCAGACGAAGUAGGUUUCCUACGAUAGACUCUAAAGAUACGAAAUUGAAAAGAGAAAGAAAACGUGUUUCCGAGUAAAAGAAUUAGGCCUAACAUCUGGUAAUAAGUCGAGAAUUAAGUAUGGAUUCGAACGGAAGAAAUUGCGAUUCUGCAUCUCUGUAUGUAGGCGAUCUUCAUCCCGACGUUACCGAAGUUAUGUUGUUCGAAAAAUUUUCGUCGGCAGGACCAGUGUUGUCUAUCCGCGUGUGUAGAGAUAAGACUACCAGGAAGUCCCUGGGCUAUGCUUACGUCAAUUUCGAAUUACCUUCGGAUGCAGAAAAAGCUCUAGAAAAAAUGAAUAGUGAGUUAAUGAAAGGUAAACCCAUGAGGAUCAAACCCAUGUGGACCCAGGAUACACCUCCCACAGGUGAUGGUAACAUCUUUAUUAAGAAUUUAGACGAAAACGUCGAUUAUAAGGCACUGAGGGAUGCUUUUUCUUCUUACGGGGAAAUCCUUGCCACCAAAAUAAUGACAGAUGAAAAUGGAAAGUCAAAAGGAUAUGGAUUCGUUCAGUUUAAAAACGAAGAGGCAGUGGACGAGGCAAUUGCUGGAGGAAAUGGAAUUAUCAUUUGUGGAAAGGUGGUUUCCGUGGAGAAGUAUGUGCCGCCAAAAGAAAAUGAUGAUGGUAAGACUUCUCAUAUGCAAAAUGUGUACAUAAAAAAUUUUGGAACCGAUCUAGACAGUGAUAAACUUAAAGAGAUGUUUGAGGUCUUUGGUAAAAUUCUCUCUGCUAUUGUCAUGACUGACGAAAAUGGAAAGUCUAGAGGGUUUGGUUUUGUUAGUUUUGAGACGUCGGAGAGUGCAGAGAAAGCCAUCAAAGAGAUGAAUGGAAAGAAUGUCAAUGGAAAAAUAUUGUAUGUAGGACAAGCUCAGAAGAAGGCGGACAGAAUGGCGGAAUUGAAACAGAAGUUCGAACAGCUAAAAGUGGAUCGUAAGGUAAACGUGUAUGUUAAAAAUUUAGAUGAUAUCAUUGACGACGAUAUUCUCUUCAAGGAAUUCGCUCCAUUCGGAAAUAUCACUAGUGCAAAAGUUAUGACCAAUGAGCACGGAUUGUCGAAGGGAUUUGGAUUCGUUUGUUUUAGUUCACCAGAAGAGGCUUCGGCUGCCGUUGCCGCCAUGAACGGAAGAAUAUUGGCCAGCAGACCAUUGUACGUUGCAUUGGCACAGCGCAAAGAAGAUCGUCGGGCGCAGCUGGCCUCUCAGUACAUGCAGAGAAUGGCCGGCAUCGGUGUACAGCAACAGAUCGGACAAAUUUAUCCUCCAGCGAAUACCGGUUACUACGUUCCCUCGAUGCCUCAGUUUCAACAGAAUUAUUUUUCCCUUCACGUUUCGCAGGUGCCUCCGAGGUGGUCGCCCCAGCCUAGAAUUUGUCAACCGUUUGCAACUUUUCCUGCUAUGCAGUCAACGUUAGUUUAUCCGACACCGGGAAUAAAUGGUGCACAGACUGGAGGAUUACACGGAAUGGGCAUUCAACCCAUACCAGUGCAGGAAUGUGCAACAGCUUUAAAUCCAACCCACGUUGCUUCUACUUGUCCUGCAGUGCUUCCAGCCACAAACAUUGCACAUGCAAUUCAUAAUAGGUCAAAUUUCAAUACUGGUGAUGAACUACAGAUAAAUCCUAGUUUACAUCUGCAAACAACUUAGGAAAUACAAGUUUUGCAAGAAUUAUAGAACAGAACAAUAUAUUAUUUUACUUGUAAACUUAUUAUAUGAUUUUGUGUGUGAGUAUCAAAAUAAUUUACCAAGAUAGUUUAAUGCAUUAUUUACAAACAAAUUACGAUGAUGAUGAUGAUGGGAUUUUACUGUUUGUUUGUUUGUCAAAUAUUAGCUCACACUGCUCACUCUUUUGGGGAGUUGAAAUUUCCUUGAAAUUGUACAGAAAUGCAGAAUUUUGUGUGGAAAGAACUAUCUAAUAUAAAUCUCGAGAGAAUGUCAACCAGUUUAUGUAAAUUGGUUGUUUGAUAACAUUGUUAACAUUGUUGAGGUUAUACAGAACUUUAAUGCAGCAUGCAAUAUUUGCUGAAAUAAAAUCAACUAUAUAUGAUAUAUGAACUAUAAUAUAAAUACAUAGUAACAUGAAAAUUUCAUUGCAUUUCCUGUCUACAAAGUAAAGUAUGGUUAACAGUAUAUUAGUGUUCAUAGAUAGUAUUAAAAUCUUGUACAUUUAUAGUUACAUAGCUAUAAUAAUAUACUGUCUUAUUAAGUUUUUGCUUUUGAGAAAUUCUAUAAUUAUUUUUGCCUUUAGUGUCUUUUAGACUAAAUUGCUGUAGCCUAGAGUUAGAGCAGUUGUGGCUAAAACACUGGUGAUUUUAAAUGAAUAAUUAUAUUUGUUAUUACAUGGAGGGUUGAUAUAUAUUAUUCUUUUAUCUAAUUUGUGUUUGUUUGUUACGCAUGCUUAUUCCACAGUACAGUCAUCUCAGGCUAAAUAGCUAGUUGUAUUUUCUAGAUUUGUCUAAUGUAUAUCAUUUGAAAAGCACAAAAUGGUAAAUUAUAUUUUAUUGUAGAUGAUAAAUAGAAAUUCUAUUAAUAUUUAUCAAAAUAAUAUAUUGAAGUAUUUUGCUUUGCUGGUGCUUUAUAAAAUAUAUAUUGAAAAUUAAACAGAAAUUAUACCACUUUUAUGAUCAAAAUAAAUCACAUUCUUUAUUCACUUUUAAGAUAUAAGAAUGUAUAUUAUAUUUCAUAAUAUCAAAUACUUUAAUGAAAAUGAUACAGUUCCUUAAUGAAAAUGUUUCAUAAACUGAUGUGUUAAUGAUAAAACUUGGAAUUCUGUGUGAAUGUUUUAUUAAAGGAUAUUAUAUAAACUGCA